UUGUCAUUCAAGCAAAAUAGCUAAAAGUUUGUUAUUUACAUUUUUUUAUUAUUGUUUUAUAACGUGAAGAAGACAUAAUUUAUUUAUUUACCUAAACUCAUUAUCAGGAAUGCAAAGUAAUUAAAAGGCUGACGUAAUAACGAUUAUAAGAAUAAAUCAGCGGGAGACGGGUGUUGCUUGGUGUUUUAGAAGUGAGGAAGAUUGCUGUGACUCAAAUAAAUAUAAAGGAGUUUUCAACGACCAAGGUGCAUACAAAUAUGAGUGACAAAUUUCGUCUACCUGCCCGCUACGGGACCGGCGAGAAAAGUGUUUGGGUUGAAUACAUCCAACUGGUAGCUGAUAUUAAGCCUAAACUCAAUCUAGGACAAGGUUUGCCAGACUUCCAUGCACCGAGUCAUGUCCCAAAAGCCUUAAUGGAAGCCACUGAUUCAGAAAAUCCUUUAAUGCAUCAAUAUACUAGGGGAUUUGGACAUCCAAGACUGGUACAGAGCCUGUCCAAACUCUAUUCCCCUUUGGUUGGUAAAGAGAUUGACCCUAUGAAUGAAAUCCUGGUCACUGUUGGAGCAUAUGAGGCACUGUUUGCAACUAUUUUAGGUCAUGUGGACCAUGGAGACGAGGUGAUCGUAAUUGAGCCUUUCUACGACUGUUACGAUCCCAUGAUACAAUGCGCCGGUGGUGUUGCAAAGUUCAUUCCUUUGAAACCUAAAAAAGUUCAUGACAACAUGACGUCAUCAGACUGGAUUUUGGACGAGAAAGAGUUAGAGUCCCUAUUCAGUGAUCGCACGAAGAUGUUCAUCCUGAACACGCCCCACAAUCCCCUGGGGAAGGUGUUCACCAGGCAGGAGUUGGAGAAGAUAGCAGACCUGUGCAAGAAGUACAAUGUGCUGUGUGUCUCCGAUGAAGUGUACGAGUGGAUGGUUUUUGAGCCAUUGAAACAUGUACGGAUAGCAACGUUACCCGGCAUGUGGGAGCGCACCAUCACAAUCGGUUCAGCCGGGAAAAUGUUCUCAGUAACCGGCUGGAAGGUCGGAUGGGCGUACGGCCCGGCCAAUUUGCUUAAAAACCUUCAAAUUGUGCAUCAGAACUGCGUGUAUACACAUUGUACGCCAAUUCAGGAAGCGAUCGCGCGCGCCAUAGAGUUCGAACUCUCCAGAUGGAACACGCCGGAUUGCUACAUGUCCUCCAUAUCCAAGGAGUUGGUGUCCAAACGUGAUGUGCUGAACAGGAUACUGAAGGAUAACGGGUUCAUUACCACGCUACCUGACGGCGGGUACUUCAUUAUGGCGGAUUACACGAAGUUAGCAAACAAAAUGGACUUGAGCACCGAGCCCGACAAGUACAAAGAUUACAAAUUCACGAAGAAAUUCGCCAAAGAAGCCAGCAUAGUUACCAUUCCACUCUCAGCAUUCUACUCUAAGGAGCACAAACAUUUUGGAGAGAAUUAUGCCAGGUUCUGCUUUAUUAAGAAAGACGAAAACUUAGCCUUGACUGGCACACUACUUCAAGAAUGGCAAAAGCGCUCACAUUUGUAAAUAAAUUAAUUAAUUUUACUAUCAUAAAUGUUGAUUAAGUUAACAACUUAAAUAUUAUUAUAUGAAUAUAUUUUUGUUUUUUUUUUUAUGGACGUAAUAUCAAAAUAAAACAUUUUACAAUUUGAAA